AUGCAUCUAGAGAUUCCUGAAGUCGCUGUUAUUGAGAAUGAGCUUGGUAGACGACCUGCAAAAAGGCGCAGAAUUACCGAUGAAUACAACAACCCUAGUACAAGACAAGUCAUACUAGAAGAACUAGAUGUCGAGAUAGGCUUGAGACGGCGUUUGUCCGAGACCAUUCAUUCCCGACUCACUUGGGCACUACUUCUCCAAAAGGCUCUGAAUUCUACACCAAAUGGCACGAACCAUACUGUAUCAAGUUUCAAAGACAGUGCUUUGGCAACAUUAGAUGUCCUGGAAGAGCCAUGUCGCCUCCUCUACGAAAGGGACAUUACAGUCUACGAAGAGACUAUUCCACUGAUACCCCAACCAUCCACAGCGCUAUCUAUGCCUGCCACGGACUUUCAUGUUGCUCCGCGACAGGGCUCAUCCCGCGCACGCGGUCUUCCCCGUGCCACUCCUACGCUCCCGAAGAAAUUACUCUUUCUCCGAAAUACAACAACCGAUCCACCUACUAUUGCCAAGCUUGCAUGUCCAGACUGUGGUCGUUCAGAUUUCUCCAAUCUUCAAGGUCUGCUGAACCAUUGCCGACUCCGGCACCAGCGCGAAUUCGGUAGUCACGAUGAGUGCAUACAGAAUUGCGCGGUACUCGUGCCUGAUGAUGAGCGCGAUUGGAUAGUGGCGAAUGGUACAGAACUAAGCGGUAUCAGCCUUCCCAGUUUACGAAGGUUGUUUGAAAUUGCAGUUGGUGGUGACAGCAAUGUCGUGGUUCCAGGCAUGCAGCCUGUAGUGGAUAGCGAUGUGCAUUCGGAGACUAGUGCGGACACAAUCAAGGAGACUCAGCUUCCACCACUACCAAGUACGCAUAUCACACGAACGCUGGGCCACCAUGAGGACACUCCAGCACUUGCACUUUUCCUCGGCAGGGCCCCCAAAAAGCGCAUUAUUAAUAUCCAUGGAGAUCAGGACCAACUAGUCGAUAUUGUAGGUCUCGCUGACGAGUUCAACGAUCGGUCGUUAGACGUUCAACGCGGAUGGCGUAUGCCCUAUAUCCACCGCAGUGUCGCGACGGUUGGCCUGGAUCCUGAAACCUCGCCUGUAUUCACUACACAAGGACAAGAGGCGUCCGACAUCCCAGCAGAAUCUAGAUCAUCAUCCAACAUUCCCACUCCUACAUUACUUAACAUUACUGGCACUAGGUUCCAUAUCGUUGCGCGCAUAUCAGUCUUGGAUUCUAGUCUUUGGAUAACUCCGGAGCGCCGUGAGAGAGGCAAGGUGGACCACACUCAUAAGUGGCGUCUCUCAGUUUCGUCCCCAUCUUACAGUCUACAUAUUUCCACGUUCCUUGCUAAAUUAACCAUCACGUGUAUUACCGACCCACCGCCUUCUAGUCUUGUGGAACCAAUUGUAAUCACCGAGCCACCAUUCGUCGUAACAAGCACCACGGACAAAGCCUUUCUAGCGAAACUCACGUUCUUAUGGGUGGGUAGUCAAAAUGCUGCUAUGGAUAUUGAACACUGGGUAGAUCUCGACCCCGUCCAUCUUUCCCACCCUGUGCUAGGUGAUAAGCAAAUAUUUGAUAUAGAGCUGGAUCGGAACACGCAGCUAUUGCCUAUUCGUGAGGAUGUUCGAAAAGUUACAUGGAAGGACGAGAAGGUCGAUGAGGUUUCUCACGCUGCCAAUACGCAUGCUGCGGGAAGUUCUGGGGUAGAUGCUGAGGCUGGCUAUUCCAUCCUCUUGCGAGAGGUUCUCUCUCAAGUGCCGAUCGCUACAAAAGAUCUCAAGGGACGGAAUAAAGCACGCUCGGCCGCAGCUUCAGUAUCCUUUCUCGUCCCACAUGCUUCGCGGUUCAAACAAUUUGUGCUAGGCCGCCAAAAGGCAAUCGAGAUGAGUCGUGCACGGGCGUUACUACAUGCAUACGAAGAGCACGUCGCAUCACUACCUGGGAGUAAGGAUGGGAUUCCUCUCACCACUGCCGAUGUCUACUUUUGGAUGAAGGACGAAAACAUCUUGCCCCGUGAGACCUCAAAGCGAGUAGCGGAGACAGCGAACGACGGGGAUAGCUUGGAACGCGUUCCGGACAAGUACUGCCGUACGUGCGGACUUCAUGAAACCCUGCAUCCUACAGCGGCGCCGGAAGAUUCGGCUACAAUGGAAGUGAAGUCGCUAGGAACUGAAAUCUCGCUUAAACAUCCUGGUCCGACGGUAUGCCGCGCUCAAGUUGUUCUACCAUACCUCGACGUUCAUCGACUAUUGGAUACUAUUCCUUCGACCGCCACAAUGUACGGUUUUCAUCCGCACUUGUUUAUGUCGGUGCCGCAAAGCCUUCAAUCAAGACAGGCACCCACUCCCGUCGAUUGGGUUACCAUCGCAGAUCCGCAGCUUGUCACUGCUAUACGCUCGAUUUCAGCCGAAUGGAAACUUACUAAUCUCACGCCAGCUGAUGAUGCUUUGCCGGGCCUAGGCCGCUUAGGAGGGAGUUUGAUCGCCCGCGUGGAGUCACAGACACCAUCGCGGAAGGUGGUGGAUCAUCUCGUACCGUGGGCAAUGCUUGCAACAAUAGUCAGGCCUUUGGUCCGGCUCCUAAUUGAGCGUGGACUGACUGUGUAUAGGUGGGAUGAGGAUGCCACGCGAACGCUGGGUGGAUAUGAGCGUGCGAGGGGGAAAAGAGGAACCACGCGGACCGAGCCCAGCGUGAAACGCUUGCUGACGCCAUUGCAUAUCGUGCGCGGAUUGAUUUGGGGUGCGUCGACGGGGUUGACGGGGAGCGCACUGUUGUUAGGCCUGGCUCGUCUAGGUACGGCGGCCGGAACAGGAUCAGAUCGUUCGGAUGGAGAAGAGGAGGUCAGUAGUGGACAGAGUGCAGUAAAAAUCGAAGAGGAAGAGCCUGUAGAUAUGUCCGGGCAGAAUGCACAGUGCUCGGGAUAG